AGGUCCUUCCUUUUGGGGUCUCAUAAAUCCACAGUGGUCUCUGUGCAGUAAAGGCAGACGGCAAAGUCCCAUCAACAUUGAGCCGGAUAAGUUGCUCUUCGACCCUCACCUGAGACCAGUGCAUGUGGACAAACACAGGAUUUCUGGUCAUUUGCACAAUACGGGUCAGUUUCUAGUAUUCAGGGCGGAUAGGGAGUCAAAAGUUCGAGUCAAUAUAACUGGAGGACCACUGGCUUAUCACUACCAAUUCGAAGAAAUUUACAUCCAUUACGGAAUGGACAAUGCGCACGGCUCGGAGCAUCGUGUCAACAACUACGCUUUUCCUGCCGAGAUUCAAGUCUAUGGCUUCAAUGCAGAGCUCUACCACAACAUGAGUGAAGCACAGCACAAAAGUCAGGGACUUGUAGCUAUCUCCCUUAUGGUCCAGCUUGGCGACACGCCGAACCCAGAACUGCGGAUAAUAACCAGCGUGUUCAACAAGGUGCUCUACCGAGGUGACAAGGCUCAGGUGCGUCAUCUAUCUCUGAGGACUUUGCUUCCCGAUACCCCGGGUUAUAUGACCUACGAAGGUAGCACAACACAUCCCGGAUGUUGGGAGACUGCAGUCUGGCUCGUCCUGAACAAACCUAUCUACAUCACCGCCCAGGAAUUGUACGCCUUAAGGAGACUGAUGCAGGGACCGGACAACUCACCAAAGGCACCCCUCGGGAACAACUCCAGACCGCUGCAGGGACUCCACCACAGAACUAUCAGAACAAAUAUUGAUUUUCACAAGAGACCAGAAGCGAAGUGUCCUACAAUGGCCAAUGACAUGAAAUACAAAGCCAACACAUGGCGAGACGUUGGUGACUCCUACUCUCGGAAUAUUUACUGAGAUUGGCUGAAUGAUGACGCUUGGCUUUUUCGUCCAGAUGAAGACAUCAAGGAGUCAAAUUGUGAAGAAGGAUCGAACAAAUUAUUUUUUAUGGGGAUUUCGAGUUCGAUUGAUUGCCAUUAAUCACCUUCCCACGUGAUCGAAAAAUGUCAGGUUUCACAGACUAUGAAAGAGUGUAGUGUAAAAUAAAAAAUAAAUCAAUAAACUGUUGGGUUGUGCAUAUACGAUACGCGUAUUGUGUGUUCCAAAUAUACGUACAUUGUUAAAUUUACUCGCAUGUAGUGUAAAAUACGUAAAUUAGAAGAUAUUCCGUAUGGCAAACUAAACCUUGUGACGCAUGCAAGUUCCUGUAUGAGAAUCAUUGAGGAAAAUCGAAAAUUAUACAACAGAAGGACGAGGACACUAGUUAAAAAUCAUUGUAAAAAUUGUGUAAAAACAGGAAUGAAAGUAUACUGCAAAAGUUUCAAAUAAUAAAAAAGGCCUGCAAAUAAUGGGGUCGUCAGUUGUUGGAAAGUGGAGGGUUAUUUCCGAAGUAA